AUGAAGUCAUUCUUGUUCCUAAUUCCCCUUGUUCACGCUGGAGAAGUCGUCUGGGACGGCUUCUUCAACUCCUCCUUCACUGUCGAUCAGCUAGACAAAUGGUCUUGGUCUAACCCAGUCGGCCCAUACCAGUGGUACAUCCACGGCUCCGAGGCCACUAGCAACUACCUUGAAGUUAGCGCAGACUUCAAGAACCCGGCGGACAAGAGCGAUGAGAAGGGCAUUCGCAUCAGCAUUGUACAACACUCCUCAUAA